AUGAUUGAUUAUCAGCAUAAACAUAUUUGGCCUGUGUAUUUAGAAUGUGCUGAUUUUGUUGGUGGACUCACUGCCAUCAAAGUAUAUUCCAAGUAUCUACAAUAUUUAGGUCCUCAAAUGUUAAAGGGAGUCAAGGAUCAUGAAGGAAGUGGGCCUAGUAAUCUGGAAGAUUUUAUUUAUAAAUUUAUCGAGUUUGGCGCCAGCAAAGAACACAAUUUGAAGUUGUGCCAACUCAUCUUAAGUAAACCUGAUGAUUGUCUUGGAUUACCCAAAUCUCCAGUACAAUAUUUAUUCGAAUAUAUUGAUAUAUUAAUAGAUUCCUGA